CGGAUACUUGCAGGCGGCCCCUCCCAGUGUCAGCACAAGCCCACACAGUGCAGAGCCAAGGGCAGAGAGAACAGAAACUCACCCAGCUGUGAUGGCCUCCGCAGCUAUAGCAGGGGAAAUACAAGAUGACGCCAUUUGCUCCAUCUGCCUGGAGUAUCUGACAGAGCCGGUGACUAUAGUGUGUGGGCACAACUUCUGCCGAGCCUGCAUCACCCCGUACUGUGAGGAAAAGGGAACAGGGACACCCCUGACCUGUCCCCAGUGCAGAGCCCAGUUCCAGAAAGGGGAGUUCAAAGCCAAUACCAAGCUGAACAACAUCGUACAAAAGCUCAAACAAUUGGGGUUAAAACCAGGAAAAGGGCAAAAGGAGGAUCUGUGUGAGAGACACGAGGAACGUCUCAAACUCUUCUGUGAGGACGAUGGAGAAACUAUUUGCUGGGUGUGUGAGAAAUCCUGGGACCACAAGUCUCACACGGUGGUUCCCGCUGAGGAGGCUGCCCAGGAGUACAAGGUGAAACUCCAGGGAGCCCUGGGCCCUCUGAAGAAGGAGCUGGAAGAGGCCCUGGCUCUGACGUCUAAAGAGGAGGAGAAAACCACCGAGUGGCAGAGGAAAGUGAAGAAUAAGAGAGAGAUGAUUGCAGGUGAAUUUAACAGACUGCACAUGCUGCUGAGAGAGGAGAAGCAGCUGCUUCUGCAGAGACUGGAGGAGGAGGAGAGGGAGACUCUGCAGAGACUAAGGGAAAAUGUCACCAAACUCUCCCGGCAAAGCUCCUCUCUGCAGCAGCUGAUCGCAGAGAUAGAGGAGAAGUGUCAGCAACCAGUUGUCGAGCUGCUAAAGGAUGUGAAAAGCACAUUGAGCAGGAGUGAGAAUGUGAAACUCCAGGAACCAAAAGCUGUUUCUACUGACCUGAAGAACGUGUAUAAAAUUUCCCUUGACAUGAGGGAAGCACUGAAGAGAUUCAUAGUGGACGUGACUCUGGAUCCAGACACGGCUAAUCCCUGGCUCAACCUGUCUGAGGAUCGGAAAUGUGUGAGACUCAGAAGCACACGCCAGGAUCUGCCUGACAAUUCUGAGAGAUUUGAUCCUUGUGUCUGUGUCCUGGGCACUGUGGGGUUCACGGGCGGGAGGCGUUACUGGGAGGUGGAGGUGGGAGACAAGACAAGGUGGGCUCUGGGGAUUUGUAGGAAAUCUGUGCGCAGGAAGGGACUGAUCACACCCACACCGGCGGAUGGAUACUGGGUUGUGUGGCUGAGUGCUGGGGAAUACAAGGCCCUUACCUCCCCCUGGGUCCUCCCUGUGAGCGUCAGGCCCAGCCAGGUGGGGAUUUUCCUAGACUAUGAGGCGGGUGAGGUCUCGUUUUACAAUGUGACUGACAGAUCCCAUCUCUUCACUUUCAUUGUCACCUUCUCCGGGAUGCUCCACCCUUUCUUCUGUCCUAGUCUCAGUGCUGGGGGUAAAAACGCGGCUCCCCUGAUAAUCUGCCCGGUCCCAGCUCAGGCCAGAGCUGUCCCUGACAGUGUUACAGAUUUUCAUUACCAAUCUGCCUGGAGCAUCAAGUGAUCAGGCUGACACCUCAGGAUCAUUUGGGGAGAAGAUGACUUAACACACCAAGUGUUAAAAUUUUAAAACUUUAUUAAUAAAAUAAUAAAAUACAGCAGAGAGUCCUGGGAACGCUGCCAUGUCACUCAGGGGAAGAAAGAAAGCAUUAGCGCCCCAAGCCCUAACCCACUUUCAUACUCACACACGCACUACCCAAGACUGGCCAGGCCUGGGUGUAAUGCAAGAAGAAGCGGGGGUGGACGGGAGUUCUUGCCCUGGGCCUAGGUCAUCGGGGAAUCCGCUGUAAUCUCUGAAUUGCUCCAGCUCUCAGGAGGGUUUUUAAGUCCUGGGUUCCUUUGGGGGUGUCAUUGUCCAGGGCCCUCUGUGCCUGGUGCUCUUUGUACCAGUCCCAAUCAGCUUGCUGUGGCCUUCUUUGCUGCCCAAAACACACCGGCUCUGGAGAAUUUGUUUUCCCUUCUGUUGGCCUUCACCAUCACCGCAUCAUUUGCUCUGUUUUCGCUGCUAUGUUUGCAGCUCUGCUCCACUUAGUUCUCCUCUUCUCACAACUGGGCAACACUAGAUUUCUCGUCUGUAGAUUUCUCAUCGAGCCCAUGACCUUGGGCCAGGGUCAGCAUCUUAUCUUCACAUGAAGCUAGCUAAAGUACCAAGUUAACCCAUUCUCUGCUUUUUUCUUUCUCUCCCCCACUCUUGGCCUCUCGUACUCCUGCAAAGGAAUCUUCCAUUCCCCACUCACACACGUUUGACCCUCCCCAAAAUGCUUUGCGAUGCUUGCAAGAGCAUUAGUCACAUAUAAUGUUGACCUGCUUUUCCCAGGGCCUCCCUGAAGGAGGGGGCCAUUGGGGUGUGACAACAGUGACACCCACGACACAGACUCUCCCCUCCCAAUGCUGCUGCUCUUCCCAUCCCCAGUGCUGGAGGCCAGUCACUGCAGGCAACUGGACUUUUUGUGCUGACUGGACCCUGCCAGUUUUCCUAUUCAACUGGAGGUUCCAGUCAUAAACUGGACACGUGGCAACCCUUAGCCCUCGCCUUUCCCCAGCCCCUGCCCCAGGGGUAGCAGGUGGUGGUGGAUGGGGAUCAUUCACUCCUGUCAGAAUUUUCUACUCCUGUGAAAUUUCAAUGUAAAAUAGGAAAGAAAAAAAGAUAUUUUCUAAAUUGGAAUAAUUGUAACAAGGUGUAAAAAAAGAAUAUUUUAAUUUACAUUUCAACUUUAUUUCAGAAACAAACAUCUAAACCUAUUUCUAUGAAUGUGGUGUGGUGGGGGAAGGGGGGGCACACAGAUGGACCAGGGGGCAUACAGAUGGACCAGGGGCAGGCUCCACACCACACCCCCUGUGUCCCCACAAACACAGUCAAGACCCCCACCACAAGAGCACAAUUGGAAAGUAACUCAGUCUAAAAGGCCCCCUCCACGGUGGUCUGCAGAGUCUCUGCACAUUCCCCCAGCAGCAAACCAUCUUCUUCUCCACCUCGAGGCUCCAGCAGCUCCCAGGCAGCAAGCACAGCAGCAGCGGCUCCAGCAGACCAUCCAGUGGCCAGCCAGGCAGGACCCUUUCCAGGU